AUGACGGGGGGGAAGACGGCGGCGGCGACGGCGGCGAGGUGGGCGGAGGGGUACCCGUGGAAGGAGAAGCUGGCCAAGUACAAGGGGGAGCUGAGCAAGGGGGUGUGGGGGUACUGGGAGCUGGGCGCCUGGAAGCCGCUGGGGAUCAGCGGCCGGCAGCGCGCGCGGCUCCGCAAGGAGGUGCUCCUCGCCGGCGAGGACUGGACCUACGACCCGCCCCGCGGCGAGAUGCGCACCAAGCGCAAGGGUCACAAGGUCGACCGCAUCGCCGCCGAGAAGCGUGCCAACACCGUUGAGCUGAUGAAGAAGAUGCCCCAGAUGCUCCUCGACUACAAGAAACGUAGAUGGGAUAAAAAGAUGAAAGAGGAGGAGGCGGCGGCAGCAAAGGCUACUUAG